CACGUCACACUACCAGCGCGCAUCACACAAACACGUUCUUCCCACACCCCACGGACUUUGCAUUUAGUUUCACCCGCUUCUCUGGCAUUCAUUCAUCGGUAGCACUUCGCUCGUAUAAGUCGCACUCUGCUGUGGUGCAUUCUGCGUAGAUCCGUACCCGAAAAGUGUCCUUAGUUUAUAUUUUGUAGUGUUUUCAAGGCAUUUUAGUUCUAUUUUUUCGUUACUUGUGUUCUAAGAAAUCAUCUACAAAUGGCUGCCCUGUCACAGCUAAUCAAAACAGCCGUCCGUCCGGCAUGCCGGGCCCUGUCCUCCAAAGCAGCUCCGGCCGUCGAGGCUUCCUCGGCCGGGCCCAGCUUUGCAGUGACCGACGAACAGAAAGAAAUCGUGGACAUGACCAGGAAGUUUGUCCGGGAGGAAAUUAUCCCGGUGGCGGCACAGUACGACAAAACUGGCGAGUACCCGUGGCCCGUUAUCCGCAAGGCCUGGGAACUGGGUCUGAUGAACAACCACAUCCCGGCUGAAAUCGGUGGCACCGAAAUGUCGAUCAUAACCAGCUGUAUGAUUGCCGAGGAGUUUGCCUACGGAUGCACCGGUAUCAUGACAGCCCUCGAAGCCAGUGGCCUCGGACAAACCCCGGUCAUCAUCGGCGGCAACGAAGCACAGAAGAAAAAGUACCUGGGUCGUCUGCUAGAGGAACCGCUAGUGGCAGCUUACUGCGUGACGGAACCCGGUGCCGGAUCGGACGUAAACGGUGUCAAAACUCGGGCGGAAAAGAAGGGCGAUGAAUACGUCAUCAACGGACAGAAGAUGUGGAUCACCAACGGUGGCGUUGCAAACUGGUACUUCGUUCUGGCACGUACCAAUCCGGAUCCGAAAUGCCCCGCGGCGAAGGCAUUCACCGGAUUCAUUGUGGAGCGUGACACCCCCGGACUGACCCCUGGCCGCAAAGAGCAGAACAUGGGCCAGCGCGCUUCCGACACUCGCGGCAUCACAUUCGAGGAUGUCCGAGUACCGAAGGAAAACGUGCUGAUCGGUGAGGGAGCUGGAUUCAAAAUCGCCAUGGGCACGUUCGACAAGACACGCCCUCCGGUGGCUGCCGGUGCCGUCGGUUUGGCACAGCGUGCCCUUGACGAAGCCCUGAAAUACUCGCUGGAACGUAAAACCUUCGGAGUGCCGAUCGCCGCCCACCAGGCCGUAUCGUUCAUGUUGGCCGACAUGGCCAUCGGAGUGGAAACGGCUCGCCUGAUCACGAUGAAGUCCGCAUGGGAGGUGGAUCAGGGCCGGAGAAACAGCUACUACGCGUCGAUUGCCAAGUGCUAUGCCGCCGAUAUGGCCAACAAGGUUGCGUCGGAUGCGGUUCAGAUUUUCGGAGGAAACGGCUUCAACACGGAGUACCCGGUGGAGAAACUGAUGCGUGAUGCGAAAAUCUACCAGAUCUACGAGGGAACUUCACAGAUUCAGCGACUGAUUAUCUCGAGAAAUAUGAUUGAGACCGCCAAGGGCAAGGCUUAAGUUUUAGUGUGUGAAGUUUGUAUUAAUGAAUGAAGGGGAAGUAAUAUUUUUUGGAAAGAAGAAAAUACUUAGAGCAAUGAAGAUAUUACCGUUUGUUUGAAAUAAAUUGUUUAUUAUUUAGUUAAAA